CGUGGUGGCAGUGUGGUAACGCCCUUCUUUCUGACGAUCUUUACCAUUAUUAUAUCUGCAAGAUGGCUGACUCUACAAUGAAGGUUGUUCUGGGCACUAUGGAGAUAGGGAGAGGUGCUCUGAGUGAGGACACACCAAGUUUUGAGCUGCUGGAUGCAUAUUUCACUGAGGGACAAGAACUAGACACAGCACUGAUGUACGCUGGAGGCAACUCUGAGCUCAUUAUCGGACGCUACCUCACAGCAAGAAGUUUGCAAGAAAAGGCUGUUAUUGCUACUAAGGCUAAUCCGUUUGGGUCCCACGAGAAGAACUUGGCCAGAGAGGGUGUGUUGGCUCAGGCUGCACUGAGUCUUCAGAGACUGCAGGCCUCCAGUGUGGACAUCUUCUACCUCCACGCCCCCGACCAUGACACGCCCAUAGAGGAGACGCUGGAGGCAGUGCAGCAGCUGUACACUGACGGCAAGUUCAAGGAGCUUGGACUCUCUAACUUUGCCUCGUGGGAGGUUGCCAACGUGUACCAGAUAUGCAAGAGCAGGGGAUGGGUCCUGCCCACCGUCUACCAGGGAAUGUACAACCCCAUAACAAGAAUGGUUGAGUCAGAGCUGCUUCCUUGCCUGAGGCACUUUGGAAUUCGUUUCUAUGCCUACAAUCCGCUGGCUGGAGGAAUGCUGACUGAGCGCUAUUAUCGCAGUGGGUUGGACACACCUCAGGACGGACGGUUCUGGACAGUGGGAGGAGACUGGGCAGUCAAGUACAGGGAUCGUUUCUGGCGUGAGAGUGUGUUCCGAGGUGUGGAGUGUGUGAGGGGUGCUCUGGACGAGUGUUAUGGAGUGGGUGUGGUCAGUCUCGUACGUGCUGCCUUCAGGUGGCUCAACCAUCACUCUGCCAUCAAUGCCAAGUACAAUGAUGCUAUUAUUGUUGGGGUCAGUAAGAUGGAGCACUUGAAAGCAAACAUGGCUGCUUGUCAGGAGGGACCUCUAGACGAGCGUACGUUAGCCCACCCCCUGCAACUGUGUGUGUAGUGACCUCUAGACGAGCGUGUCGUGAAGGCGUUUGAUGAAGCCUGGAAGAUGGAUGCCAUCAACUGUGCCAAGUACUAUCGAUGAUGGGCUUAUUCAACUAUUAGUGAGAUACUUGAGACUUCUUAUUUUGUGCUCUAUUUGUCCUGGAAUUUUUGAAUGUG